GGACAUCACGCAGAAGGGCUGCUGAGGCUAAGCCGCUGCUGUCGCUUUCCUUGUCCCGCUCCCGUUUCUGUGAAGGCGGCGUGCUCUCGGCUGUGGCUGAAGGGCGAACCCCAGCUUAGCCCCGUUCUGCGAUGGACGUGAAGGCCCCCAAGGGGUCCCACCAGGGUAAGAAGAGUAAGACCAGGACCGAGGAGAAGUUUGCCAGGAAGUUUCCGUACAGGUUUUCCUGGCUGACGGAGACCAACGCGGAGCCCCUGCAGCCCUGGGAGGUCACGAAGAUGAGCAGCUCGCUGCGGGAGCAGCUGCCCCUGCAGAAGACGUUGGUGCCCACGAGGUCCAUCCCAGUCAGAGGAAGAGAAAACAGCCUCAGAGGAAGUGGGUUGCCUGCAGCUGUCAAGGAGAGAAGCUGGGACUCCACCUCGGGCCCCUCAGGAUUCAGAAGCCGGGGCUGUGCCCACCGGUUCGGGACGGAGUCCUACAGCCACAGCCCUCAUCCCUGCCAGCCUGGCUGAUCCUCAGCCAGGGUCUAGUCCUUACGAGCCCUGUGACCUUCUCAGGGUCCUUGGCCUCCCUGUGCCAAGGGACAGUGCCAUAGGUAAACGGGGAUAAUGACGCCCUAUCGUACAGGAUUGCCGUGAGGCCUGCGUGGGCUCCCGGAACUCGAGUGCCCGGUGCACGGUCAGCACUUGUCGGUCAGACCGUUUCUCUGCUGUUGUUUGUCCAGCUGCAGGAUGCCUUGACACGUAACGGCCACUGGGCCCUCAGGCUGCGAGGGGGCCGAGCCAGCCCCACCUGCCCCUCAGAAGCCUGCUGAGAGGCUGGCCUGCCCUCCGCUCGCUGUGUGGCCCAGGGCAAGCCUGUCACCCUCGCUGAACCAAGGCCUCCCACCUGCACCCCAAGGGUGUGGGUGCCUUGGGCUCAGCCCUCAGGGCUUCGGUGAGCAGCCGCCUUCCCCAGCCCAGUGUGGUCCUCCUCCCCGGCUCCCUAUUGCCCUUGCCCCGCUAUGGCCCUCUGCCACCGCCAGGUACUCGGUGCCCCCAUCUGCAUCUCCACUGUCCCUCUGCAGGCCCCGUGUCCCUUUCUCAGAGGGGGUCUCCAUCUACACUGUGCCCUCCCGUCAGAGCUCAGGGCAGCCUGGACCCAAGUCAGUGCAGGCUGGUGCAGGAAGCCAUCAGAUGCCAUCCUCCCCCCGUGGGACCAUCAGCACCUCAAGGGCAGGGACCCAGGUGACCUGCAGGCACUCGGUAGUGCUGAGUGUGCCUGCUGGAGUGUGUGUGAGCCAGACGUGUGGUCCCUGCAGGUCCCCCCGUUGGUGAGGGGGCGCCCGCCUGUCUCCCUCUGUCACAGCAGGACUGAGAUCGGGGGUCCCUUGGCUGCCGCCUGUUGCCGUGGGUGGCACACAGCCCGCUGGUCGUUCUGUCCGCCACGUGGAACAGUGCUGCAGAGGGCGUGGCCUCAGUCCACAGCUGGAGACCCCAGGUCUCUCAGCCUGCCCCACGAUUUGCCCUGCCGCAGCCCAGCAUUCCCUCCCGGACAGAGGCUGGCUGUGGCUGCAGCCCCACGGCAGCAGGUCCACGUGGGAGCUCGGGGUUUCCCGUGGCUGGAGGCAGAGGGAGGGACGGGGCGUCUGUCCACCUACCUGGUCCAGGUCGUAGAGCAUCUGCAGGGGACUCCUCCUCUUGCCGCCAAGCCAGCUGGAGCCCACGGCCCUGUUUUCAAACGCUGGGGGAGUAAGGAGAGGGGCGUUCACUGCUGCACCAGACAGACAGGCCGUGUUCCUGGGGGCUUGGCCAACUCACCUCGGCACGUUGGAUCCACCUCUGGGACUCAGUUUCCCACCUGUGUCCUGCCUGCCUCUGGGGGCACUGACAGGGCCCCCCGUCCACCAGGGCAGGGUGCUUGGUGUCACUCCUGCCCCCCCCCCCAGUUGGAGGGGGCCGGGCAGGAGGGAACAAGAGGGAAGGUGGAAACCACCGCCCUCCGGGAGUGCCCUGACCACCCAACCUCUCCCACCUCCAUCUGCCUUCAUCUCACGCCCCACCUCUGCCAGCCACGUGCAUGGAGCCCUGAGAGUUAGGGCUCAGCAGGCUGGCUGGGUCCAGCCUCCCCUGGCCCCGGGCACAGGCGGACAGAAAGGGCUAGGCAGCAGCGGACAUGGCACAGCCAAGCUGCCGGCUCUCUGGUGGUGAGCAGGUGACCAGCUCAGGUGACCCGCUGGGGACACCUACAGUGGCCUGUACGUCCCCUGCUGGUGUGUGUGUCGCCUCAUGGUAAACACAGGUUUUGCUCUCGCCCAGACUGGCAGCCUCCGAGGGCAGGGGUGCUCUCUGUCUCAUCGCUGCAUUCCUCAAUCUUCCCGGAACUACCAAAGACUCAUGUUUUUCUUAAAUAUGGUUAUAGUUAUUAAUAAACUAAUAAAUUAUAAUGCAGUCUUUAAAAAAAUCACCCAAAUUGGCAAGUCUUUGGCUAGACUGACCAAGAAAAAAAGAAUGAAGAUGCAAAUUACUAAAACUGGGAAUGAAAGAGGAGACAUUAGUAGUGGACCUCACAGAAAUAAGAAAGGGUUGAAGAAUACAAUAUGAGCAACUGUACAAUAGCAAAUUUAACUUAUGAAACUGACAAAUUUCUAGAAAGACACAAAUUUCUGAAAUUGACUCAAGAAGAAAUAGAAAAUCUCAACAGACAUAUAACAAGUAAAGAGAUUGAAUUAGUAAUUUUUUUAAAUUUCCACAAAGAAAAGCCCAGGAUCAGAUUGCUUCCCUGGUGAAUUUUACCAAAUAUUUAAAGAAAAAGUAACACCAAUCUCUACGAAACUCUUCAACAAACAAACGAACAAACAAAACAGAAGAGGAGAGAACACUUCUCAAUUCGUCAUAUGAACCCAGUAUUACCCUGAUACCAAAACCAAAGACGUCACAAAAAAAGAAAACUAUAUACCAGUAUCUCUUAUGAAUAUAGAUGCAAAAUCUUCAAGGAAGUACUAGCUAACUAGAUCCAUCAACAUGUAAAAAGGGUUAUACACCAUGACUGAUUGAGAUUUACUCCAGAAAUGCAAGGUUGGUUCAACAUAAAAAUAUCAAUCAAGGUAAUACACCAUGUUAAUAGAAUAAAGAAAAAACCCCACAUGAUCAUCAAGAGAUGCGGAAAAAACACUGCACAAAAUUCAGUACCGUUUCAUGAUGAAAACACUAGGAAUCGAAGGGAACGUCAUCAAACUGAUAAAGGCCAUCUGGGAAAAACCCACAGCUAACAGAUUUAAUGGCCAUAAAAAGGAGUGAAGCACUGACACCUGCUACCAUGUGGAUGCACCUUGUAACCUGACAGUGAAAAAAGCGUCGCAGAAGGCCCUGCGCACAUUGUUUGACUCCGUCUAUAUAAAACGUCCGGGACAGGCAAAUCCAUAGAGGCAGGAAGUAGAUGAGUGGUUUCCAGGGGCUCUGGGUGGGAUGGGGGGCGGGGGGGCA